UCAGAAAUGACAUCAUAUUAGAUUCAAGCGAAUAUAUUUUUUCUAAUGAAUCCGUGUUAUCUUUAGGUGUGGGCUUCUAAAGGUUUUCUUUUAAAUUACAAAUAAUGUCGGCCACUUUAAAACCGUAUUUAACGGCAGUUCGCCAUACGCUUACUUCUGCUAUGUGUUUAGAUCAUUUUUCAUCACAAGUUGUUGAAAGAUAUAAUAAACCGGAGGUGGAGGUUGGUACAAGCAAAGAAUUGUUAUUAAAUCCAGUCAUCAUUUCAAGGAAUGCCAAUGAGAAAGUGCUUAUUGAAUCAUCGAUCAAUUCAAUACGAAUAAGCAUAAUGAUCAAACAAGCAGAUGAAAUUGAAAAGAUUCUGUGUAAAAAGUUUAUGCGCUUUAUGAUGAUGAGAGCGGAAAACUUUAUCGUCCUACGACGGAAACCGGUAGAUGGAUAUCAUAUCAGUUUCCUCAUUACUAAUUUUCAUACAGAGCAAAUGUAUAAACAUAAACUCGUUGAUUUUGUUAUAUACUUUAUGGAGGAAAUUGAUAAAGAAAUAAGUGAAAUGAAAUUGGCUGUCAACGCCCGCGCAAGAAUCUGCUCAGAAGAAUUUUUAAAGAGAUUUUAAGAAAGAGAUCGUUUCUUCUGUUAGCUUUAUGUGAUGUUCAUACAAUUCCAAAUUUGUAUUAUUUUAUAAUAAGAAUAUCUGUAUUAUCUUUUGUUACAGUUUUUUACACUACAUAUAAUUUUAAAAAAUAAUGUGACUCAGUGAUAAUUGUUGCUUUUGAAAUUUACGUCCAUCACCAAAUAAAAUAAAGGUAAUUAAAAUGUUAUGAUUUACCCAGUAUUACACAUUUAUCAAUAAAUGUUUUUAACUCAUUGCACUAUGAGAAUGACUGAUAAUGGCAUGGCAGUGAAACAUUGGGUUUAUGUUGAUAUUAAUAAAAUAGAUCCAUGACUUGACCCUUGUUUGCAUUUUCUUAUAUCUUAGCAAGUAUGUAAUAAACUUAAAUUAUAAUCAAUCUUUAUCUUACAA